CUGGCAGCACAACCCGAGAGGGAGGCGAAGCGCCAGGCUGCCGCGGCUCCAUACAUCCCCCGCGUCCCGAGGCCCUCUGAAGCCGGCGAGACAAGGACAGCCCCGCUCGCUCCACCGCUCGAGAUGAUGCCGGGUAAAACUCAGCGCAAACCCGCGCCCCAGAACCCGCCGGCGGCGGCGCCUGCAGAGUCAGCGGCAGCGAGAGAAUGUGCUGUGCAGCUGCGCAAAAUGGGUGACAAAUGGGACCUUCAGCAAAGGAUUUUGAACCUGAUCUCAAAGUUGUUCUGCCCAGGAACAUGAACAUGUUCCAGGCAAGAGCAAAGGAAAUAUGGAAAGAAAACUAGAAUUAUUUGGAAGAUCCAAUCUUGAGUCAUGAAGAGACUUCGGUGAGCUGGAGGAGAUGGAAUGUCUCCUGUGAAUUUCUGCUGCCUGUUCCCUGUCGCCAAGAGAGGCUACAGCAAUAGGAUUUCUUCAGAUAACAUUUCUGACAGUUGUGAGCAAAUGCAAACAGAGAGGGGGAAAGGGCGGCUUACUGUUUACCAACAAUGUUGAUUUACAAAAGGCUUUGGAAAAGAAAGAAUGUGGGAGAGGUGAUCUAACUCCAAGUUCAACACUCUGAUUUCCAUAGUUCUAGAAUCCAAACAUCAGCCGUUAUAUGACGUUGGGAGUUCAUGGAGUUUCAUGCACACCAUUUCUUGUAAACUUUGGACUUCUAUGCAAAUCAGUUCCUUAGCCCUUCAUAAUUAUCAUUUUCUAGAAUGAAAACUCAGGGCUUGUAAAUGAGGCAAAGGAAUGUUUUGCUUGAGUAUUGACUUUGUUGAAGUGAAGUAUGAUGUUAUAUUAAUAGGUUAUUUUCUAAUGAAUUGAACUGUAACGCUAUUAAUUGUAAGGCUGAAGCUGAUACAGUACAGGUCAGCUAUGUCACUAUAUGCCCUAUGGGUAGGGAGUUAUAUGGAUAUUUAUUUUUGUUAGAACUUUUUUCAUUAUGAAUUAGAGAGGUCAUUCACACAAUCAAAAACUGUGUUCUACCUGGGUUUUGGAGCUAUGUGUGCUUCCAAUUUUCGGUUGUGUAGAAACAAGGUAAAACCUGGAUAGAAGUGAUUGUGUGGAAGCAA